CACUGUUUCGCUCUCUCAACAAAGACGUAAACACAGAAUUAAAAACUAGAUCGAACAAUACGGAGCCACUGUACGCCUUAGGUUGCCAGCAAGCCGGUAAUAUUGAAGUUAAACAUGUUUAAUGAAGCCUUGGAACAGCUUUAUCUUCUCCCGCGUCGGCCCCGCCCCAGGGCUUAGUUUCUAUAUGGCGUGUAGUGACACAAAAUCCAGUCUUGAUGAUUCAUGCAAUGAAUAUAUGUGGCAGUCCAGCUGUGCGGCAGCUAUGGAGAAGGAGCGGGAGUCCUACCUGAGCCCCACAGAGAACCCCUCCACCCUCAGUGUGUCAGCCAGCCUCCAGCCAGACCAGCAGGGCUAUGAUGUUGAUUUUGAUCCCCCACUGGAAAGCAAGUAUGAGUGUCCCAUCUGCUUGAUGGGCCUGAGGUCAGCUGUGCAGACACCAUGUGGCCAUCGAUUCUGCAAUAGCUGUAUUAAGAAAUCCAUCAGGGACACAGGGCAGAAGUGUCCAGUUGACAAUGAAGUGCUGACAGAGGAUCAGCUUUUCCCUGAUAACUUUGCCAAGAGAGAAAUUUUGUCUCUCACUGUACGCUGUCGAAAUGUUGGCUGUAAUGAGAAAAUGGAGCUCAGGAACUUAGAGAAUCAUGUGCCCCACUGUAAGUUUGCCACAGUGCCUUGCCAUCAGUGCAAGGAAUCAGUGUGUAAGAGUGAGCUGGAAGAGCACAUCAACCAUGAAUGUUUACGCCGCCUUGUCACUUGCCCUGACUGUGCAGCCAACAUCAUAAUUGCUGAUAAACAGUUUCAUGAGCAGAUGUGUCCCUUUGCAAAUACAGUAUGUGAAUACUGUAACAUGGAGCUCAUUCGGGAUCAGUUGGCAUCCCACUGUGACACAGACUGUCCAAAAGCUCCUGUUGCCUGUACUUUUAGCAUGUUUGGCUGUCGAGAAAAGAUGUUGAGAAACGACCUGGCCCUUCACAUGCAAGAGUUCACGCAGAUGCAUAUGCGCUACAUGGCUGAAUUCCUUCGUAACCAGACCAUAAAUGGCUUCAUCCCUGUAUCUUCUGCCUCAGCGUCUUCUCCUGCAGAUGAACAUAGUGCGUCCGCUAGGCCAGCAGAACAGUGUCAGUGUAGCCAGGAGCUGCUUCAGCUGCGUGAGACUGUCCUGCAGCUGGAGAGUCGGCUGGUUAUUCAGGACCAAAAACUGCGGGAGCUGAGCAUCCGAUACGAGACGCAGUCCACUCAGAUGACAGAGCUGCGCAAGAAGCUGGCCUCACUGGAGGAAUCCACACGUGAACUGGAGGCCCAGCAGUAUCAGGGCGUCUACGUAUGGCGGCUGGAGGGGUUUUCAGGCCAUCUUCGCAACCAGGAAGCAGGCCACCCUGUGGUCCUCCAUAGCCCACCCUUCUACACCGGUCGACCAGGCUAUAAACUCUGCCUGCGACUGCACCUCCAAACCCCCAGUGCUCCCCGCUGUUCCAACUACAUCUCUUUGUUUGUGCACACCAUGCAGGGGGAGUUUGACAGCCAGCUGUCCUGGCCACUCCAGGGCACCAUCCGACUUGCUGUGCUGGAUCAGACAGAGGGGCAGCACCACGUGGAGGUGAUGGAGACCAAGCCCGACCUCCAGGCCUUCCAGAGGCCCACGGUCCAGCGCAACCCCAAAGGUUUCGGCUACGUCACCUUCAUGCAACUGCAGGCCUUGCGCCAGAGAGGCUUCCUGAGAGACGAUGUGUUAUUGGUACGCUGUGAGGUCACACCACGCUUUGAUGUGAGCCUGAGGAGGGAGGGAGUGCAGCCCAGAGGCCCUGAGGCAUCGCUUUGAGGCUUUUCAAGUCUCUCCUACUUCAUUUAUACCCUACAAGUUCUCAUAGACACACCCUUUUAAAAAGAAGAUAUCAAUGGAGACCCCUUUGAAGAAACAAAUGUUUUUUUUUUUUUUUAGAUUAAUACAUAGGUUCUCAGUGGCCUUUGUUGAGUGAGUGAGCAUGAACUAGAUAGUACUGAGCUUGGUCUGUUGAAGGCUGUAUUUUGUUUCUGAAAGCAAACAGCGUAGAGUUAAAAGUAAUUUUGGAGUGUUUCUAUUUCAGAAGCGCUCCCAGAUGAUGCUUGAAAAGGAGCUUGCCAGCAUCACAAGUUUUGCUGCUGUGAGUACCAAUGAGAAAUCAUAGAGCUCAUUGAGACUUUUUUUAUGAACUUCAUGUCUAAAAUCAGUAUCCCUUGAGGUGGUUAACAUCUCCAGGAAACAAGUUAAUGGUGCACAAUGAAACAAAUACUUAUAGACACCUUUGCCCAUAAUGCACUCAGUAGAAUACAUAAAAGUAAAAGGACAUCACACAUCAUAUCAACGUCAUCACGUCAUAUAAACAGCUUAGUUAAGAUUAGUUCAGAUUGUGCUGUUUGACAGAUGACAAAAACUGUCCAUUUCUGCCUUAUGUAUUGUUCAGCAAAAUGAUUCAAAGGCAUUUUUAAGACUAUUAUUUAAAAGUAUGCCAUGUAGCAUGAACAGCAGAGUCUUUGGCCUUCACAGGAUGAAAGAAGUGUUUGAAUCACAUAAAUCUCAUAUAUCUAUAUGAUUUAUAUAGUUACAUUUGCUGUUAGAACAAAACCUCAUACAUCAAAAGUACAAAGCAGCAAAAAUGAACCUAUGAGGUUUUGUUCUGACCACAGCAAAAAUAUUCAGGCUAGGAACAGAACAGAGUCAAAGACACUGAGAGACUUCAUCAAGAUACCCGCCAGGUGAACCAUGUUAAACGCCUCUCUUUGUAUUAACCUUUUUAAAUUUUAUUUCAUACCCAAGAUGUUGAACACACGAGCUUCAAAAAUCAUUGCAUAGGUGUGUUGAGAUGGGCUUAUGAAGACUAAAUACGUGACCUAAUAUUCACACAUGGUACUGACUAAUUCUAUGUUUUUUGUUGAGAUAUGUUGAUUUUUUGGUGUAUAUAACCAAUAAACAUUUUAAUAUAUGAAAAAUAAAUUUUUGCAUAAAUGUAAAA